ACGUUAGAUCUUUCAAAUUUCUUCUCGGAUUGUCAAUCCUGACAGAAAAUAGUAUUUUUGAUAAAUUGUAAGCAAGUCCUAGCACCUUUAUCCACCAGUCCCUUCAGUUUGAAGCUAGGCCAAACCCCUAAUGUAUCUCAUUGCUAGGUUACACAAAUCAGACUUAUUUAAAACAAACAAUAGGAAUAAAUACGACCUAUCCCAUGCCCUCGACGAGUUUGCCGUGGUGGUCCAAUCAAUCGGCAAAGCCGAAACAUGUUCAGCAGGUAUAGCCGACGUUCUCGAAAGAUACGAGUAUAAAGAGAAUUUGGCGCAGUACUUGUUCCACACACCCGACGUGUUCGUUAUGAUUAUAAGGAAGGUGGCUUCCACCAUCAUAGAGGCAAACGAUUUGACCAAUGAUAAUUUAGUAAACAUUUGUAACGCACUCAAAUUGCUGAAGAUCAUCGUCAGCUGCGACGCACUCGAUUUUGCCUUUGUCGAAGAUAGCUCGUUGGCGUGCCUCAACCGCCUGUUGUUACUGAAACCAGUUAACGAAAAUCAGUGGUUGAUCCAUGGGCACGCUUUAUACGUUACAAAUUUAUUGCUCAGAAAUCAUAGCGAAAAGGUAGCAAAGUUAUUUUUAAAAAACAACUUCUUCAACACCAUAAUGCACAUGCUCAAAUCAGGCAAUACGGACGACAUAUACAUAGGAGCUAAGAGUCUGUUCCUCUUGCUAACUUGUCCAUGGGCAAUAAACUUCCUGUUCGAUUUACGUGAACGGAUAAUCAGAAUAAUUGAGGCCCUCAACGACUCGGUGAAGACUUUCGAGUUUUGCGACCAGCAUCUAGUGGCGAACGUAGCGAAUGGAGUUGCGACAGUGGUACGAUGUUAUGAGGCCAUGAUAUACGACAGCAGAACUUCGACCCUCAUAGCUGAGAUGAUGCCGGAUGUUGUAGUGGGCGAAACAUUCAAGACUACCCUCACAUACAGCAACGAGGGCGCCCCAUUCUAUCCCUUUACACUCCAUAAUCUGUGCAUCCUUGAUCUCGAUUAAUUUUUUGGGUUUUUUCAUUUAUAUAGAAGGCAUCUGCGCCUUCUUUUUCCUUUAUUCAUCUCUCUUAAGUAUAUUAUCAAAUUCUUGGUACUUGUUGUUGUAACUAGCACAAUGUAAUUUUUUAUUGUCUUUACUCUAAAUUUUAUUUUUGUCUUUUGACGCAACCAUUAGUUUACAUAUUGUGACUUUUUUUAUACAAUAAGAAAUCAUAGGUGGACAUAAUGUAGUGUCUAGAAAUAUAUUUUUCAAUAAAUUAUAUAUAAACUUA